AUGGAAAUGCAUGCUUUCUCUGGUUUUGAACUAAAAGCACAGGGCAUUUUGCAACGCCUGGACAGUGGGGAGGUUGUCAUUGGAGAUGGGGGCUUUCUGUUCACUCUGGAGAAGAGGGGCUAUGUGAAGGCUGGACUCUGGACCCCGGAAGCAGUGGUCGAACACCCCAAUGCAGUUCGGCAGCUUCACAUGGAAUUCUUGAGAGCCGGAUCAAACGUCAUGCAAACAUUCGCCUUUUCUGCCAGCGAGGACACUACGGAAAGCAAGUGGGAAGAUAUAAACGCAGCUGCCUGUGACCUCGCCAGAGAAGUGGGUCGAAAGGGUGAUGCUUUGGUUGCUGGGGGGAUCUGCCAGACAUCCACGUACAAGCUCUCCGCUCUGCCAGCCUGGAUAACCCAUCUUGAAGAACCAUUUGCAGAGACUGGAAUGAAUGCUGGCCCCACAAUGAACGGGAACAUAGGAGCUUCAAUCGUUGGUGUGAACUGCCGAUUUGGACCCACAAUCAGCUUGAAGACAAUGAGGCUCAUGAAGGAGGGUCUUCAGGCUGCAGGGCUGAAAGCGCACCUCAUGGUGCAGUCCCUGGGAUUCCACACCCCUGACUGUGGCAAAGGAGGCUUUGUGGACCUUCCAGAAUAUCCCUUUGGAAUGGAACCCAGACUGGCGACCAGGUGGGAUAUUCAAAAGUACGCCAGAGAGGCCUACAAGCUGGGGGUCAGGUUCAUUGGCGGUUGCUGUGGAUUUGAGCCCUACCACAUCAGGGCCAUCGCAGAGGAGCUGGCCCCAGAAAGGGGAUUUCUGCCCCCAGCUUCAGAAAAACAUGGUAGCUGGGGAAGUGGUUUGGACAUGCACACCAAACCCUGGAUUAGAGCAAGGGCUAGAAAGGAACAUUGGGAAAAUCUGCGACCAGCUUCAGGCAGACCAUUCUGUCCUUCAAUGUCAAAGCCAGAUGCCUAAGAAGCGGUGCAUGAAAGCACUGAAAUGACAGAGUGGAAAAUGAUUGCACUCAAGUCCUAUCACCUGGAACCCUUCAUCCUCAGCCCACUUCAUUGUUCUAGCCGCUGAAAAGCGAAUGUGCUGCCUUUCCAUCAGCUCAACACAAGUCUGUACUGAGCUCCUGCUGUGGAGCUCCUGCUGGAUGCAGUUGGAGAUGUCAGUGGCCCCUCACCCUCCAGGUACUGACUGUCCAGUAAUGCUACAGUCUCUUCUUUUGGAGAAAAUCGAGAAUAUCCCAUCUUUUAGGGUGAAUGUGACAUUUUAAUAUAACCAGGAAUCAUGAAGAAUCAAGACUAAUAAAUAAUAUAGGCUUAUGAAGUUUUAUGUUUAAGGAAGACAGAACAGAACUCUAAACUAAAACACUAAGUCUAGUUUUUGCAAAUUACUAUUUAAUGGCUCUAAAAUAAUCCCAAAUUAAAGAUGCAGAAAUAUUUUGAGCAAUGGCAGAAAUAUUGAAAUACAUGUAUAAUCUUUCAAAAUGAUUACAUUGAAACACUGCUUUCACUUAAAAGUAUUAGGUCCUAGACUUUUAAAAAUGUGUCUUUUUGAAAUCUGAGAUAGGUAAAUCUACAGAGACAAUAACUAGAUUAAUGGUUUGG